AUGUUUUCAAUCCGGAUACUAUCCUUGGCCACGACAGCCUUGGUUGCACUUGUUGGUGUCUCCAAUACGCAGAAUAUCACAAGUGAUACGUUUUUCUACGGCCAAUCCCCUCCUGUGUACCCAAGUCCUAUCGGAACUGGAACCGGCAACUGGUCCGAGGCAUACAAGAAGGCUGAAGCUAUGGUAGCGCAGAUGACUUUGGAUGAGAAGUCGAAUCUCACCUUUGGAAUCAGCAGUAAAACCAAUGGCUGCUCAGGAAAUAUUCCGGCUAUUGAACGCUUAGGAUUCCCGGGGCUCUGCCUACAAGAUGCUGGUAACGGUGUCAGAGCUACUGAUUUUGUUAACGGGUAUCCCAGCGGUCUUCAUGUCGGUGCAAGCUGGAACAAAGAUCUUGCGUACAAACGAGCUCUAGCUAUGGGUGGCGAAUUCCGCUCUAAAGGGGUUAAUAUCGUUCUUGGGCCGGUUGUCGGGCCACUUGGGCGUGUUAGUCAAGGUGGACGUAACUGGGAAGGAUUUUCAAACGAUCCCUAUCUCAGUGGUUCUCUCGUGUUCGAGACUGUGCGUGGCAUACAGGAGAACGGAGUAAUAACUAGUACAAAGCACUUCAUCGGAAACGAGCAGGAGACAAACAGAAACCCAAUCACUAACGUUGCGGGUCAGUAUGUUGAAUCAAUUUCAGCAAAUAUUGACGAUAAAUCUAUGCACGAGCUCUAUCUUUGGCCUUUCCAAGAUGCUGUGCACGCAGGCACCGGUAACAUAAUGUGCUCAUAUAAUAGGCUGAACAACUCACAUGGCUGUGCUAAUAGCAAGACUCUGAAUGGUCUACUGAAGACUGAGCUUGGCUUCAAUGGCUUCGUUGUCUCCGAUUGGUUUGCUCAGCAUUCCGGUGUUAGUAGUGCACUUGCUGGUUUAGAUAUGGCUAUGCCGGAUAGUGAAGGCUUCUGGGGUUCGAAUCUCACUACCGCUAUUCGGAAUGGUUCUGUUCCUAUGUCAAGGUUAAAUGAUAUGGCCACUAGAAUUAUCGCCUCUUGGUAUCAAAUGGGUCAAGACAAUGGUUACCCAACUCCUGGCAUCGGCAUGCCCGUUGAUGUCCUUGCUUCGCAUAAAGCCGUGAAUGCCAGGAAUCCAUCCUCAAAGCAAGUCAUCCUCGACGCUGCUAUCGAGGGACAUGUUCUCGUCAAAAACGUCAACAACGCCCUUCCUUUAAAAUCACCAAAGCUUCUCUCACUCUUUGGUUAUGACGCUAAAGCUCCUGACCAGAACGACCCCGCCGCCGGAUUUGGUUCAUGGAUCGCUAUCAAUGGCACCAUAAUUAGUGGAGGUGGAUCUGGUGCGAAUAGUCCUGCUUAUAUCAGUGCUCCAUUCGAUGCGUUGCAAGAAAAGGCGUACCAAGCUGAUACUACUAUUCUCUGGGACUUUAUCAAUGUCAACGCCACAGCCAAUGUAGACGGAGCAUCAGACGCCUGUCUCGUAUUCAUCAACGCAUUUGCGUCUGAGGGUUUUGACCGUGUUGGGCUCCAUGACGACUUCUCAGAUGCGUUGGUAAACAAUAUUGCAGACCAAUGCAGCAACACCAUUGUGGUUAUCCACAACGCAGGUGUCAGAUUGGUUGACCAAUUCAUUGACCACCCUAACGUUACAGCUGUUAUCUUUGCUCACCUGCCAGGCCAAGAUUCGGGCCGCGCCCUCGUUUCUCUCCUCUAUGGCGACUUCUCUCCCUCCGGAAAACUGCCUUACAGUGUUCCAAUGAAUGAGAGCGCUUUCGGCGCCCUUCUCAGCCCUGCUCUCCCUGCAGCCCCUUACACCCUGUUCCCACAAGAUGACUUCACCGAAGGUAUCUACAUCGACUAUCGUGCAUUUGAUGCCCAGAAUAUCACGCCACGCUACGAAUUCGGUUUCGGACUCUCCUACACCACGUUUGGCUACUUAAACCUAAGAAUACUGGCACGUAGCGGUGUCUCUCGCAACACCUAUCCUACGGGUUUGAUUAGAGAAGGUGGCGCAGAGGAUCUCUGGGAUGUCAUUACGACGGUCACCGCUGAUGUGAAAAACACCGGUGCCGUAGACGGUGCGGAAGUCGCGCAACUUUACGUGGGAAUCCCCGGGGGCCCGAUCAGGCAGUUGCGGGGCUUUAGCAAAGUCCAUAUUCAGGCUGGGCAUACAGCCACAGUGAGCUUUGAUUUGACGAGAAGGGAUUUGAGUGUGUGGGAUGUGGUAGUGCAGCAAUGGAAGCUGCAGAGUGGCAAGUAUUACAUAUAUGUGGGGACCAGUAGUCGGAUUUUGCACCUCGAUGGGACACUGACAAUCUGAGAGGGUGAUGAUAUCCAUGCGAGAAGGUGGAAAUGGAGAAGGAGAGAAAGGUGCUAUGAAUUAUGAAUUUUG